GAUUUUUUGCGGCGACAAAGAUGCUGGUGGUGAUCGGCGCGUUGGUCGCGCUUCUGGCGGGCUCAUCCGAAGCUUUUUGGUUUGGUCGAAAUGCCAAGGCCAGUGCGAAUGUGACGUCAGUUCCGUACAACGAUGCCUUCGAUGGCAUUGAGUCGGCCAAUGUUUCGCACUCGUUCAACGUGAUCUCGCAGGUGCACCUGCAAAACUUUGAGUUCAAGUACGACUCGAUUCCUGGACGUCGGCAACUUGGUAUUCUUGCGUCGGCAACACACAAAGAGCUGCUUCGAGACAGCAUCCACGUGUACCCCGAGCGGCACGUGUUCACACAGGAGAAGAGAAAAGUGGCGAUUCAGAACUUCCACGCUAUCGACAAGGACGCACUCUUUAUGCACAAUGUAGGAGCGACGCAAGUGUUGAUCCGUCGAGCGGCAGAAGCUCAGAUGGCGCUGCGCUCGUUGGCCGUCGAAGUCGCGGCUGCACAGGGCCAGCUCGCGCUUUUGCAAGGCCAUUUGGAGCAAGAGGCGUCCGCAGUGCUCGUCGAACAGCGCAAGAUCGCAGAGGCUGCGGUCAAGCAAGUCGAACUCGAGAUUGAACGGGCCAAAGUCCAAGGUUUGGAAGAGCGCCAGUCACUCGAGACGAAAAAAGUGAACGACUUGCUCGUCGCUGAAAAGGAACAUGCCCUCCACAAAGAGCGCAUCCAGUUCGAAGACAUCCAACGACGGGAUCAAAACAAGGAGUUGGUCGAGUUGCAAGAAGCGGCAAGCCAGCGCAUGGAACUCCAGCGGCGCGACACAGAGACGAUUUUAAAAGAGAAACAGCUCGCAGCCGACAAGGAACGCAUGUGGGUCGAACAGAACACGACGUUGGAAAAGGCCGUCAUCGACGUCGAAGGCCGCAUCAAGCAGCAGCGCCUAAACCACGACAUUGAGAUGCAGCAGCUCCAGGCCACGCUCGCGGCUGAACAGGAAAAGAUCCUGCGUGCGCUCCAAACUGCCUUUGACAACAUUGGGAACGGAGCCAUGACGUUGCUGGCCGACACGGACAAAUUGCUGCAUUUUGUCGGGACCGUCGUUGCCGUUGCAUUUGGCAUCUACUUGACGCGGGAAAUCAUGCGUAUUGCCGGACGGCUCGUCGAACAACGACUCGGGAAACCUUCCCUGGUGCGUGAAACGUCGCGAAAAGGCGGCUUCUUCGGAUGGCUUCGCAGCGUCUUUCAGGUCCCCGUCGGCCUCGAGAGUUUUCAGGACGUUGUCGUACAUGCCGCGCUCGAGACAAGACUGCUGGGGCUUGCCCGAGCGACGAGAAAUGCCAAAAAACACAACGUGCCGUACCGCCACUUGUUGCUGUACGGACCUCCCGGGACGGGCAAGACGAUGGUGGCGAAGCGCCUGGCCGCCGCGUCCGGCAUGGACUAUGCCAUUAUGAGUGGCGGCGACGUGGGUCCACUGGGAAGUGACGCUGUCACAGAGCUCCACGCCUUGUUUCGGUGGGCGCAAUCGUCUCCACGAGGUGUGUUGAUCUUUAUCGACGAAGCCGAAGCGUUCCUGGGCUGCCGUGCGACCCGCAAGACGCACAUGAGUGAAGCCAUGCGCAAUGCUUUGAACGCUCUGCUUUUCCACACCGGCACUCAAACGAAACAGUUUAUGCUUGUCAUUGCAACCAACCGACCAGAGGACCUGGACACGGCCGUCACCGAUCGCAUCGACGACGCGCUCCAUUUUAACCUGCCCGAGGCCGCCGAGCGAUUGCGUCUGAUGCGGCAGUACUAUCAUGAGUGCGUGGCCAAGCUCCCAGGCGGCGACGAUCCCAAGUGCGAAACGAUUCUUGACAAGUACGACAAAGCCACCGACGGCAUGAGCGGACGCGAGAUUGCGAAAAUGAUGCUGUACAUGCAAAACAUGGCGUACGCGCAGGACACGGUCGGCGUCGAUGCCGCCUUGGUCGAGCGCGUGAUCCAGGACAAAAUGGACGAACACAAGCGCAAGGCGUCGUUGAAGGCAUACAAGGACGACGCGCCGUCCACCGAGUAAGCCUCGCGUGUUUAUUCCUACAUGGCAUGCAAACAUGCGAGAAGCGGGGUGCGUCUGCGCAGAAAGACACACGAGAUCAACACGUUGCAGCGUCCUCAUCGACAUGGUUUGGCAGUGCCGUGCGCUUUAUUCGUGCUGGACGAGGAUGACGUGGCGGGUUCGUAGCACAAGGUUACCAUGACGUGGUGGGCACACUGCGUGAACAUUCUCGGUCCGAGCACGUCGUUGUCACACCAGACAUGGAGUCAACGCAUUCAUCUGAAA